AUGGCGUCUGGUCGCGAUGUGCGCGACAUGCUUGGGCUGCCGAUGGGCGUUGAUGCGCAGAAGAGCGCCGUGCAGAAGCGGGCAAAGGCUGCGGCGCCCGUAAGAAGAAUACAGGGCGUUGCGCGUGAAGUCGCGGCGCUGUACGGUGAACGACCACCGCCGGUUGCAGUCUACGAGGAAAAGAAGGCGUAUCGGGCGAAGCGACAGAAUCAAGGGCCGGCGAAGAAAUGGGUACAGCAGCCCUUCGUAAACCAAGCGCGCGUCGACGGCCUCAUCCUCAAGCACUGGAGACGGAAACCCACAAUCGCCCCACCCGUACAAGACGGCGAAGAUGCUCCUAUGGAAGAAGGCGAUAACGUGGAGCCUUACAUUGAGAACAGUGGUGACUUCCUCAAGUAUAGCAUACAGGUCGACCUACCCACUUUUACCGACGAAGAAUACGAUGCGUAUCUGCGAAGCGACGACUGGAGCCGGGAAGAGACGGACUACCUUUUCGAGGUCGUGAAGGACUACUCAUAUCGGUGGGCCGUGAUAUGGGAUCGCUACGACUAUCAGCCUGCAAAUAAGUCACAUCUGACGCAAGAGACGGUGAAUGGGGAUGCGAGCCAAGCGCUGGCUACACUGCCCUUUGCACCGCCCAAGCAACGGACCGUGGAAGACCUGAAGGCACGAUUUUAUCACAUCUCGGCGAAGCUGAUGAAGUUACGGAUACCGGAGAUGCAGAUGGAUGCGGAACAGUACACACUCUACGAGACGCUCUCUAAAUUCAAUCCCGAGCUCGAGGGUAAUCGAAAGCUCCUGGCGGCUGCGUUGAUGAACCGAAGCAUGGACGAAGUUAAAGAGGAGGAGUUUUUGCUUGCAGAACUACAGCGCAUCAACAUGGCCGCCAACCGCCUGGACGCAGAACGCGAAGAGCUACGCGCACGUCUCGAGCAUCCCUCCGCAAACCAGCAGGUUUCCGCAGGCUUGGCCUCUUUCACAUCAUCACAGGCUUUGCAGGCACUGUUCUCACAACUCUUCGCGCAAGAUAGGAGCAAAAAGCGCGCUUCGGGCGGAGCCACCGGUCCUUCGCGCAUCAGCCUCAACACCAACGAUCUCAUCCAAACCCCAUCCUCAGCCAACGCUCAACUGUCCGCUGCCGCGCGCCGCCAGUCAAUGGCAACCAAUCAGUCCGCACAAACACCCGUCCGCACACUCUCACCACAGCAAGAAUACCGCUACAACGUCUCCACCCACGAUCGUCUCACCUCAGGCGUCACUUUCGGCUCAGACAAGCUUCUUAAAAUGCGGCAAGCAAAAAGCAAUGUGCAAACGCAGAAGAUCGCUGCUGCGCUCGCAGAAUUGGGCGUCAGUGAAGUUAUCAGUCUGCCCACAAUCAAGGUCGCCGAGGUGUUUGAGCAGCUCAUCGGCAAAGUGGGUAAGCUGCUCGACGUGCGAAAAGUACGCGAGAAGGAGGAAGGAGAAAGCCGCGUUCUGGAGCAAAUGAAGCAGCGUCGCAGUUCCGAAGUACAGAACGGCGAUGCAUCUAUGUCGAAUGGGACAUCGGUGGAGCCGCAGGCAAAGCAUGAGGUUCCUGACUCGCAGGAGCAGACGCCUGGUCUGGACGGCGAAGGGGAAGCAGACGAUGAUGAUAACGACAACGACGGAGACGGGGACGCGCAUGGGGAUGGAGAUGGCGAAGUCGACGCUGAUGCUGAGGGCGAGGAAGACGACGAGGACGCGGAGGGUGAGGAGGAUAGCAGGGUGCCAAGCGAGACACUUAGUCGGGCAGCGAGCACCGCACACAAGAGGAGCGCCAGUGUCUUGAGCCAGGGUAGUAUUCAGAGCUCGAAACGGGCGAGGAAGUAA